AUGCCGGCCUUGGCCAUGGCUGGGAUGACACGCUUCGUGGUUGCCUUGGUCACGCUGGUGCUCUGCUGCCCGGGGCCGCCUUGGUGCGUCGCCCGCCGCCUGGUGCUUUGGACGGGGCUCCCUGUGCUGCUGCCUCUGCUGCUGGCCUUGCCGGCCUCCUUGGCUUCCCCAGGAGCAGAUGAAUUACAUUUGAAGCAGCAGAACAUUUCCUCGCUUUUGCCAAGUCAAAGCACUGUGGGCAGUGUAAUACGCACAGCCUUAACAACAAGCACAAUGGAUCCUAAGGCAAAUAGUUUUCCAGAGGGACUGUCAUCACCUGUAACCUCUCCUUCUGAGGCGACCUCAUUGGACUAUGAAGGAACAGGGAGACUCUCAGCUGAACAAACUGUACCGGCAUUGGACAUUUCACUAACAAGCAAUGAGGCAGUCUUAAGUGAGGACAGAUUUAUUAGCUCAUUUCCAAAUGCACAACGGACUCCUUCAUUAAAGUCUUUUACAGAGGACUAUCCUUCAGGUACCUAUCCAGUGAAGCCAACAAAGGAAAAUUUACAGGCUUUGUUGCUAGCACCUUCUUUACACAUCCUUUCCUUGCCACCUGACUACACAGAAAUGCAGCUGGCAACUUCGCAAAGGACUGCCUCUGCCCCCCAUGUUCCUCCUCCACAUUCAAACCCUUUUGACACGUCAGGUGUAACUCUCACUCCAAGCAGAGACUUCCUUAUGCCUGUGACUAACAUAGAUAUUAUUUACUUAAAUUCUGUGGCAAGUAAGGUGGUAGAUGGAGCAUCCAGAAAAGGAGAGGACAGUUUGCUCUUUGACACCAGUUCUACAACACCUUUGCUUUUUGAUACUACUGCAGAAGGGUCACCCCAGUUUAUGAGACAACUAGAUAACGGUACCCGAAGUAUGCCAGACAUUUUGACAAGAAGUACUAAUAUAUACACUGAAGCCUAUAGUAUGAGUAGUGUAACAGGAGUGCUUAGUCUAAUGAGCUCACCUGUUCUGAACUUUUCAAGAGAAAUGCCUGUUUGGACAACUGGCAUGGGGACAGUUGUGUCUUCAACUCAUCUUCCAUUUGUUUUUCAAUCCACUGCCUCAGCUACCGUUUUGGCUGAAAGUCUUUUUAAUGAGAAAUUGUUUACACAUGAGCUUUCCCAUAUAUCUUAUAGCAGUACAGAUAAAGUUUUGCCUGAUGGUUCAGAAAGACAAACUCAAGUUGAGUUCUUCAGUGUCUUCAUAAGCCCAGUGCCUUUCACUAGACCACACACUUCAUGUUCAAACUGUGAUUUCAUUUCAGUUUCUUCAGAGCCAGCUUUUUCACUGGGGCCGUCAGAAAGUGAUGUGGGUUCGGGUGACUAUGUUGAGACAUUGUCAUAUUUCUCCUCUGAAGUAAGAGGAGUUACACCACUUACAUCGGCAGUCAGUGAUCUGUAUGACAUGCAGGAGUCUCCUCCUGAAGUCUUUGAUACUAGUUUUCCCUCAAGGCCUGUUGUUUCAUUCUCUUCAAGGUUUACAGAAGUCUCUGCAUCAAGACUUGUGGACGUUAGCCUUAAAAACAUAUUUACAUCAUUUCCUGCUUCCUAUGGCCAAUCUUCUGAGGUAACACCAUUAGAAAGUACUUCUGUCAUUUUAUCUUACCCUGUGACUGAAAUGAUUAUGUUGUCAUCUACAGUUACUGAAGAACUACCCUUUUACAUCACUACUGCCGCCCUUGAAUCUACCUUCUUUGAAAAUGUAGGUACUCCAUCCAUGAUAAUCAUUAAUUCAAGCCUGCUGGAAACACCUGAAUUCAUGCCAACAGAAUCCUCACCUUUCCUUGAUAAAACUCUUGUGGGUUUCCAAACAGAAGAAUCUCCUGUCAGUACAUUGGAUAUUUUGUCCAGCUUUUUAUUAAUGCCUUUUUCUUCUGAGCAAAAUGGCUCAUCACAUUUAUCAUCUACAGCCACAUCUUUCUUGAUAAUGCCAAGUGAUUUAUCAACAUUUUUACCUCAGUUUUCACCCACAUUCCUUCCAUCAUCUGUGCUUUUUGAUAGUUCUUCUAGCUGGGAAUCAGCUGAGCUCCCCAGUAUUAACAUCACAAACACAGAGGCUUUCCAAACACCUUCAUGGCAGACACCUUUUUUUAAUUCAAAUUCAUCAUUUGGUCCAGUCACACACAGUUCUUCAACAGUGCCAUCAAGUUUCUAUAUGAACUCUUCUGUGUUAUUGGAACCAACAUCAAUCUUACCAAUGGAAUCUGAAAAUUAUUUUACCUCAGAAGCUACCUCUCAGUUCGAAUCAUCAUCCUUAGCCAUUGAUGCAACCAUUCCUACACUGGUGCUGUCCACUGCUGUCUCAGAGCCUGUUUUCACCAGCAAUAUCAUGGAGGAUGAAACACAUAUGACCUCGUGGUUCACCUCUUUGCAGAUGACCCCUGUCUUGACACCUUCACCACUUUUCUCUACUGUUAUAACUGAGGAUGCUGGUGCUACUGCUAAUAGUUUGGUUUCUUCUACCCCUGAGGCAGCUGCUACCACAGUUUUUACUAUAAUCCCAACUAUGCCAUCGUUGGCCACAGAUGUAAGCAGCAUUACAGUUUCCCCUACUGAAUCUGCCGGCAUGGUGUCAUCAUAUGUGCCUACAGAGAUACCUUCAUCUGUGAUUAUGACAACUGAGUCUUUCAUUCCAACAAGAACUAGUGUGAUUGAAUUUACCAGCAUGACAGCCUCUACUGCCAUGACUCCUAGUAGCACAAAAGGCCUUUCUACAAUUACCAGCAGUACACCAGGUUCUUCUACAUCAUAUUCAACUUCUGCAUUGGUCACCACUCCUCAAGUUACAAUGGCAACCACAACCAAGGAACCCUAUGUUUGUGAUAUCACAGUUCCCGAUAAAUACUUAGUCAUCGCAGUGCUGGCCCGGAAAUCCGUCUUAGAAAAUGUCAGCGAAUCCAUCAAAGAGAUCUUGAGAACUGAGUUCAGAAGAUUAGUAGAACUGGAGGUUUAUAGACUUUCUCCAAAAUUCUCUUUUUUGGUGACCUCAGGUCCCUUUGUUUAUACAGCAAUUGCUGUCAUAAAUGCUCUUUUGAACAGCAGCCUUCUUCGUGGUCAGACACCUCUAAUUUUAUCACUGCAACCUUCCUUUACUGUUCCAGACUGCAAAUUCCACGUACAGACCAUGCUACAGUUUGUGCCUCAAAACAUUGACGUUCGGUUCUGUAACUUCAGCCAGCGUAUUGAAAAAGGGCUGACUGUUGCAUUUGGGGAAGUGAGGAAACAUCAUCUGGAAAUUUCUAACUUCUCUGUGCAGAUACUGAAUAUAACCUUGGGUAGGUCAAGAGCUGCAUUUCGUCAGGGCCCUGUGCAAAUUGUAUAUGCUGUUCGAGAGAAACGUGGAUUCUUGAAUGGAUCCGAAGUCAGUGAAUUCCUAAGGAACCUGUCUGUGGUAGAAUUCAGUUUCUACUUGGGCUUCCCUGUGCAGCAAAUUGCAGAACCUGUCUAUUACCCUCAGUUGAACACAUCUCACUUGAUGAAAUCUUCCUGGGUGCGGACAGUUGUUUUGGGUGUCAUUAACAAGAAAAUUCAAGAGGACAUAUUCCAGACUGACAUGGAGCGGAAACUGGCCCAGUUAUUAAAUGAGGCUUUGGGCAGAGGGCGAAUAUGGAGAAGGGCAACUUUUGCAGGGAACAAUGCUGUGCAGAUUGUGAAUGUGUCACAAAUAGAGGGCGUUGACAACCCAGUCAUGCUGGUUUAUUUUGUGGAAGAUCAAGAUGGUGAAAGGCUCAGUGCUGUGAAGACAUCUGACCUGAUUAAUAGAGUGGAUAUCCAAAGAGCUGCCAUCGUCCUUGGAUACCGCAUUCGAGGCCCAGUGGCACAGCCUGUGGAAAGAGUUAAAGACUCACCUCCAGAAUCUCAGAACAAUCUAUGGAUUAUUGUCGGUGUUGCAGUUCCUGUGGCUGUGGUACUGCUUAUCAUCAUCAUUUUGUAUUGGAAGCUCUGCCGGUCUGACAAGCUGGAGUUUCAGCCAGAUACCAUGAGUAACAUUCAGCAGCGUCAGAAGUUGCAAGCCCCCAGCGUGAAAGGUUUUGAUUUUGCAAAGCAGCAUUUAGGCCAGCACAACAAAGAUGACAUCCUGAUCAUACAUGAGCCGACUCCUCUGCCGGGACCAAUUAAGGACACCACCCCUUCUGAAAAUGGUGACCUGCCAAGCCCCAAGACCAAGAUCUCUUCAAAGCCAUCCAAGAAUGUCCGACACAGAGGGAGAGUUUCCCCCUCUGAUGCUGACUCCACAGCAAGUGAACAGUCUAGUGGACGCGAAACAGGAGAAGAAACUACCAGGCCACAGACUGCUGUCAAUGAGGCCAAACCACACAGAGUUGGCAAGGCUGGAGUAAACAGAGUUGGCCCUCCACAGAUGGGUAAUGGAACAGAGCAACACUCCUCAGCCUCCAUCUUUGAGCAUGUGGACAGAAUGACACGAUCCUCAGAAGUCAGCAAGAGAAUCCCCAACAAGAUCCAGUUGAUUGCCAUGCAGCCCAUUGCUGCACCUCCAGUUCAGAACCAGCCACUUUCCGACAGAGUAGCAGAGACCAACAAAAUUAACAAGGAGAUCCAAACAGCUCUGAGGCAUAAAUCUGAAAUAGAGCAUCACCGCAACAAGAUCCGACUUCGAGCCAAGCGCAAAGGACACUAUGAGUUUCCAAUUGUGGACGACAUGAUUAUCAUUGACACCAAAGAGCAGCAGAGAAUGUACCGCAAAGCUCAGAUGCAGAUAGACAAGAUCUUGGACCCCGGGGGCAAUAUGCCGACUGUCUUCAUAGAACCCAGGAAGAGUUCACGGGCUAAACGUUCCCCAAGGCAACGCCGAAGACAUCAGCUAAAUGGAAGUCCGAUGGAUGCAGACAAGGACAGGUUGAUCACAACUGACAGUGAUGGGACCUACAAGAGGCCUCCAGGAGUUAACAACUCUGCAUACAUUUCUGAUCCUGAUCUUCCUGCUGAACCCCAAACACCUUCAUCAAUUGAGCUGGGGAAGUACUCAGGCUUGCCCCCUCAUCCUUCUCAGUACAUCCCUCCUCAACCCUCCAUUGAAGAGGCCCGGCAGACAAUGCAUUCUCUCCUGGAUGAUGCCUUUGCCCUGGUGGCCCCCAGUAGCCAAACAAACAGCUCUGCUGCCAUCACGCACCCUGGAGGGUCAGGGGGACAGCCAACAAACAACACACCGGUUCGGGCAGCAAGAGAGACCUCUGGCAGCCAGUGGGGGUCACCGUAUGGUCCGACUCACACAAGAUACAUGGAAUUUGGAAUGACCCCUCCAACAGCACCAGGCCUGCUACAAAGCAGGCAAAAUGUUGGCUCGGGUUUCCAUCCGCCUGUUGAAUUAAUGCAUCCAGAUCAGCAAGCUUCUGACGUUCAGUAUUCCACUAGAGGGAUCUACUCAGAGGAAAUGCCAUCAGUAGCGCGGCCACGACCGGUUGGAAGCACUGCAGGUUCUCAGAUACAGCACCUCACUCAGGUGGGAAUUGCUAGCAGGAUCGGAGGUCAACAAGUGGAGAUCCCCUCAGGCAGAGCAGGGCAUGGCCAGCCGGGGGAACCAGGGUGGCCCCCGUAUCGUGGAGAGGAUGAAUAUGCUAGGAGAGAUGCAACGCAUACGCCUGGACAUCAAGAAUAUUCCUCCUCACCAGUAUUCCAGAUGCAGAGGACUUCGGCCCGACAGCCCUCCGCACCUCCUGUUCAGCUUCCACCCAGCAACCCCCCUCUGGGCCUGGGACUCUGCUACAGCUCCACUGAGGACCUGCAGCCGGGCCACUCUUCAGCCUCUCUCAUCAAAGCAAUCCGAGAGGAGCUCCUCCGACUCUCUCAGAAACAGACAGUGGCGCAGAAUUUCCACAGCUGAUUUUUCAUGCCCUUGCAAAUCUGCCAGGUAUCCGCUUCCUGUGGAAGCAAGACUCAAAAGGAAAUCAGCAAGAGCAGAAGUCUCGAGCCUGGAAAGAACUUGGCAGCAGCGAGGAAUGUGGAGGAGAGCUGGGAAGGGGUAGUAAGAAAUGACAUGCAACUCUUUAACUUUUUGCUUUUAGCAUCUUAGCCAUUA